CGAGCAUGGUUCGAAGUUGCACCAAAGCGCGAUUCGAAGCCUACUGUAGACAUGGUUCGAGCCUGGUGGGAGCCUAGUUACGAGCGGGAAACGUAACCAUGGCGAGCAAAGGCAUGGAGGCAAGCGACGUUCUCGAGGAGGAACGAGGUCGACGGGAGACGCGUGGGGACGCGAGACGAAAGAGAAGGUUGAGGGCGGUGUCACCAGCGUCACAGGAUGUCAUAACAGCCUUUGAGGGAAGGCUGGCCAAGAGGGGCUUGGCUACGGGGGACGUCCACGAGCAACUCGACACUCUUGACUUCGAGGAGGAUGGGGGUGGCACAGUCGAGUCACUUGAAGGUAAGCUUCAAGGUGCCUUUAACUCGUUCAUAGCUAACAUGAGUAGGGCUGUGGAAGAGCUUCAAGGGUGCUUUGCGAGCACGGGUGGCGAGACAAGCCACACAGAACCUCCAGUCCAUGCGGGGGCAUGGAAGCCAUGGGGAGGGCAGCGAGGGACGUGCUCAACGCCAUCAUUAGGGCUGGUGAGGAGUCCAGCCACAUGGGGAAGGUCAGCCACAUGGGGAAGUCCGAGCCCAGGGAGGCAGAGGACGUGGCGUCGAUCUCACACAACUUGCGGCAAAGGCAAGGGAGCAAUGUUGCCAAGCCUGAGGAGUCCAGCUAGAUGGGAGAACCCAAGCCUGAGGAGGCCAAGGACGUGGCACAGGACGUGGGUGACUCAUGGCAACAGCAAGGCGAGGAUGCAACAGAGACUUGCGAGAGGGAUCGAGGCACUUGACGCAAGGCGCCUUGACGAGGGUGUCAAGGGCUUUGAUGGGGGAGAGUGUCACGGCACGCGAGUUCGGGGGCCGAAGUCGAGGGCAUCGUGGCACGGAACUGUAGCCACAGGCACACAAGAGGUGUGUGCAGCGUCCAGGGGACAUGCCAAGCAGCGUCGCAGAGUGCGAGCACGAUCACAGGCGCCAGUGGAAGCGCAAGCAGGAGCGUGGACGCGGGCAUGCUGGACAAGGGUGUCAGUGUCGCGAUACGGGGUUACGAUUACGACACUUACGUAUACGAGACCAGAGUGAGUGAGCUGCUAGGUGAGUGAAUGCAUAGAGGGGUUGUGUACUCAUGCUCUUGUACACUUCCUUGCGAUCUUAAUAAAUUCUCUUCUUCUCC